UUCGGGCUCAGACUGACGCAUGGCUCCGGCACCGGCUGCAGCUCCCGGUUCUGCUCCGAGGACCGGAGUGAGUUCCUGGUCAUGUCUGUUCGCCCAUGUGGUGAUGUUCUCCUGGUACGUGUUCACUGUGCACGAGAACAACAACAUAGCGAGUUCAGGGAGACAUCCGGGUCUUCGGGUUUACGGAGGGAGAUGGAAAUAUCUCACCUUCAUCAACCUGGUGAUGCAGAUGUUAUUUUUUGGACUCUGUGUGGUGGUUGAUCUGAUCCACGUGGUGUUGUCUAAGAAAAGUGUGGCCUCUGCGUUCCUCGUCAAACUGCAGGAUUCCUUCUUCACUGUUCUCGCGUUUCCGGUUGGAACUUUUGUUUUUACUAUUUUCUGGUGCAUCUACGCUUACGACCGAGAGCUGGUCUUCCCCAGGGUGUUGGAUGACAUCAUUCCUACAUGGCUCAAUCACGCAAUGCACACUGUAAUCGUGCCGCUCCUCCUGGUGCAGAUGUGCCUUCAGCAUCACAAACACCCGAGUCGCUGCAAAGGAAUCCUGGCCCUGGCGCUCUUCGGCUCGCUCUACUUGGCAUGGGUGUUGUGGAUACGGCACGUGUCAGGGAUCUGGGUUUACCCCAUCAUGGCUCAUCUCAGUCCUGCAGGCCUCGUGGUGUUCCUCAGCGUGGCGUCUCUCAGCAUGGCUCCUCUUUACCUGCUGGGAGAAAAACUCAACUGUGUCAUUUGGGGUCCUACAGAAGCUCAAACUCGCAAAGGAAAUCAGAAACGGAAGAAGAAAUGAAGGACCACAGAAACUUGAGGAGAAGCGGACCAGACCCUUCAACAGCACUGAGAUUUACAUUCUAGUGUGUUAUUACGUUAAUCACUGAAUCUUCCUGCAGAUGAUAAAAUAAACGUGAUUUUUAUAAGAUGAUUUAUUGCAUCAAAACGUGUUCAUGAGGUCCAACAGGGUCUUUUAACAUGUAUGUAAUAUUUAAAGCUGCUUGAAGAAAAAUAAUAAACACAAAGCACAGAUUGUAGUAAUGAUGUGAGUAAAAAAGUGUAUUUUUUAAAUCAUGUGAAGAUUAAGGGAAAAAUAUUUCGCUUCUGUUUAAUGUUUAAUUUUUAUUUUAUUUUUUUAAAUAAACCUGUAUGCUGUACUCUUCUGGAUUACUGGAUCUCGGGGCCAGAUGUUCAUCACCUACAACAUUUCUAACAACUAAAUAAUGAUUUUCAAGAAUAAAUUGAUUGUCACUUAAUGAAGUCUGAUUUUAAUAAACAACACACUAAAAAGA